AUGGCGUCAUGGCAGCUGUGUCGACUUGCAGGCGCCCGCACCGCGAGUGCUUGCAGAGCCCGCCGGCUGCUGGUUGCCAGACAGGUGGGUCACAAAAUCCAGCCGAUACAGCUACGGGGCUUCGCGGCGAUUGACCCUGGCAGCGGUGUGAGCCUCAUCUCACCUACCGCCAAAACAGUUCUUGUGGCUGGAGCAGCUGCUGCAGGGGUUGGUGGCUUGUACUUGGUGUGUCCACCAGGAGACAGAUACAAUAUUGACAUCAAGCCAAUAUCAGAUGAGGUUUUUAACAACCACGACAAUUUGUUUGUCUUCUACUUCGAGAAGGCCGAGGACCUGAAUGAACGGAGUGAGGAUUUUCACCGUGUGAUCAGCUCUCUGGUGCAAGAGCCGGUUUUGAAGAAAGUGACGUACUACCAGAACGUUCGAAAAGAUGGUGAUCCUGCUCUGCCUGGUGGUGAAGAGAGAGAGGACAAACCUCUUCGAGUGGUCAUGUACAAAGGACAAAGAAAGUCAGUUUUGCUAAUUGGCGACAAGAUCCCAAAGGAGGAGAUUGUGGACUUCUACAAGCCAGUCUCCCAGGACCUGUCGAAAAUAAAGGUGCCCAAAAAGGUACCAAUGGUUUCAAACUCAUCAUUCCACAAGGAUGUGCUGGAAGCAUCUGGACCUCGCAAGCCAAUGGUGCUGCUGCAGAUGUUUGAGGACACUUGCUUUUUGUGCUUUCUGAUGAGACCCUUCGUCAACUCCCUGGGAGAGUUGCUGCACGAGCACAAGGCACCAUUUGUCAUUAAGAGGUUUUCACCUCAGUCAGGUGGCUUUGCAUGCCAUUCAUUCGGUAUUUGGUGGGCGGAAAUUGCCAAGGAUAAACAUUGA